AUGACGUUGGAACCUGAGAUAUCUCGCGAGAUUGUGGCAACACCGGAGGGUUGGAGCAAGCCUGCCAGUGGUCACAACUACGUGAGAGUCACCUUCGACCGUACCCCGGUGAUGUCGACAUAUUUGGUGGCCAUGGUGGUGGGCGAUUUCGAGUACAUCUCCAGUAAGAGUCCAUGUGGUGGCACCACGUGGACGGAGGAGUCGGCAAAGGCACAAGGAGGGCAGUUGGAAAUUCGAGUGUACACGCCACUGGGGAAACGCAAGUAUGGAGAGUAUGCGUUGGGAGUGGCGGAGAAAGCGCUGCCAUUCUACGCGGAGUUGUUUGGGUGUCCUUAUCCACUGCCGAAGUUGGAUCUGAUUGCGCUGCCUGACUUUGCAUGUGGAGCGAUGGAGAACUGGGGCUUGGUGACUUACAGGGAGACAUCUCUGUUGCUGGACCCCAAGAACUCCUCUCUCUCGUCAAAGAAGCUUGUUGCGUUGACAGUGGCACAUGAGGUGUCACACAUGUGGUUCGGGAAUUUGGUGACAAUGUCAUGGUGGACGGAUUUGUGGUUGAAUGAGGGCUUUGCAAUGUGGGCUGAAAGUCUUGCUGUGGAUCAUUGCUUCCCAGAGUAUGAUAUUUGGGUGAGUGGACCAACUCAGUGUGGGCGAGUGAGGGGUGCUAUUGAGUCGGAUUGCAGGAAGUGUGGGCUGAGGAUUGUUGGAAUGGGCAUGAGUGGUGGAUGGAUGGAUGGACGGAUUGAUGGUUGGUUGAGGUGA